AACAAACAAAGCUUCAAUCCACCAUUCUGAGUAUUCGACGACAACUUCAAUACAAAAUGAGAACAUCAAAGUUUGGAAUGUUUAUGGACCUUCAUUUGUUAAUUGUUUUGUAAUUGGUUCAAUAACUUAUAUUGGGUUACAUGUUCUUUGGUAUAAAUUAGCUUUUAUUGAACUUCAACAAGAAAUGGAAAACAAAAUGAAUGAAUUAGAAAACAAAAUCAAAUGUUUAAAGAAAAAUAAAAAGUUGGAAAAUUAG